AUGUCUGGCGACGAGGAUAAGGCUCUGGACAUGCUGAAGCGGGUCAACGUGUCCCUUCGGAAAGCCAUUUUAUCCAAUUUCCCUUGUGCCUAUGAACAGUAUGUGUGCCUAUCUUUGCCAGGCACCGUCAUCGACACCAAUCAGGGAGGAAGCUAUCUGGCUGCAUCUACAGGAAUAACGGCGGAUCAACGCAAUGCCAUCAACUGCAACGAAGCCAUGCUGACCGAUAGUAUGAUGCCGCUCGACAAGGUCAUUUUGGGACCUACGGGCAAAAGUGUCACACGUAGCUACUUCACCUCGCUGGACAUGCUUGUUCCUCGCAAGACCGAUAUCGGCACAUUUGACCUCAGCGGAGGCUCCUCCCACGACGUCAACAGUCCAGAGUACAAGUACACACAGGCUAUGGAUUACCUCCGGAGAGAGGCGCCCGGGUCAACCCGUAACACAAACAACGAUGUCAAGGGAUCUAAAGACACGCUUAUCAAACGUGGAGUUCCUGCGACUACUGUUGACAUGUACGUCGAGAAGCAACUGAACUGGUCAGCUGCCCGGGCCAAAUGGGAUGCCGCCCGAAACGAUGCCAUUGAGGCUAGAGAGUCUCGUCCGGAGAAGCAGAAUGCCACCGCAUUUAGCGCGCGACAGAAGAAGCUGAAGAGUGCUCAAGGCGAGCUACACGCCCGUUGGAUGGACUGGGUUGUCAACGGCGACAAGCUCAAGGUAGACUACUGCUUUGCACUUGUCGACCGAGAUAGCAUUAUGGCUCGUAUAGAGCGGGCAAAGGAAGCAACGCGAGAUGCGAUGCUCACUAGCAUUGACGGCACGGAAUGGGCACAAGUCCAUUUGGAGCCGGCCAACUGGGCCAUAUUAUGUCGUGACAAAGCGUUGGCGUGGCGCACACGACACCCAACCACCCCUGCUCAUGUGCAGCUGCAGCUAGAUAGUCUGCGCUCCAUGAAGCAGGCUUAUAAUGCUUACGAUGAGCAAUUGAAGCAACGCGCCUCAAGCGGUCAGUCCGGAAAUACUCCGCCAUUCAGUCUCGAUACAGCCAAGUUUCCGGAGAGAGAUCCACCGAAACCCCAGAGUAAUACGGAAGAAGUCAAGAAAGGGACUGAUGAGGAGCUGAAAAAGGCUUACAAGGCCUGGGACACUGAGAGUGCAAAGGUCCCAAAAGUUGACGCGGCAAUCAAGAAGGCACAAUGGAAGAUCGCUGCGCUGGAAGACACAGAAUUAUUGGAGGAGAUCAAGACGCUCAGUAAACCGCCAGCCCCCGAAAACCCGUUGCAGAAGGCUGAGGAUAGAUUGAAGAACGCCCUCAGGGAGAUGUAUGCUGCGGAGCAUUCAUUUAUCCCCGGCCCGAAGCUUCCAGACGAAGAUCUCAUGAAGAAGAAACAGGAGGUCCUCGAUGCAAAGGCAGCCUUGAAAACGGCACAAACAGACGCGAGCACGGCCCAACUUUCAGCUAGUGGAGCAGCCAAUUUGCGCACGUCGAUCAAGGGGCGUAUGACUUCCUUGGACUCGGAGAUCCAGCGACUGGAAGGUCGUUUAACCGGGAACAAUCCUCCGGACAUAAUCACUGGAGUAGAAGGCAGCAAGGAAGAAGGAAUGACAGUUGUCAAGAGCAAGCCAGAUACUGGCGCCAGCGCCGGAGACAGUGACUCAGGCACAGCCGAUGUAUGGACUAAGAUCGACUUCACUGUGAGCUCUCAGACAACCGAUCACAAGCAGGAAGAGCAUGGCAUCUCGGGGGCCUUCCACGCCGAAGCCCAGACAUGGUUCGCCUCAGUCAAGGCAGAAUCUAGCUUCUCCAAGAACAACAAGGAGAUCUCCGACUUCAUGUCAAGCUCCACCGUCAGCGGCUCAUUCUCUGCAAUGGUGGUGAGCAUCAAGCGACCAUGGCUUCACGCCGAGUUGUUCCAGGACUUUGACAUCGACAUUCCAGCCGGCACGUUUCUGAGCCCUGGUGCCAAAGCCAUCAAGUACUGGGUAGAAUCUGGGGACAAUGAGUUCGGAAAAUACGUGCGGACCAACUACGGAAAGUUUCCUGCCUACCCAACAGCUUUCAUUGUUGCUGCAGACGCAAACCUGUCUUUCAUGAGCAAGGAGAUGAGUGCGACGCAAGCCCUGGACGUACUACAGACUGACAGCAGUGUGGAAGCGAGCUUUGGAUGCUGGGGGAUUGGUGGCGGUGCGGGAGCAAAAGUCAAGACGGACGAUAAGAGUGCUAGUCAGCAUAUGGAAGUGAAGGAUGGGGCAUUGAACAUAUCCUUCCAGGCUCCUCAGAUCAUAGGAUGGGUUAGCGAGGUCCUGCCUGAGCUGCCGCGGGGAGACAAACCGAAAGAGGGGGGCCUUAACGGUGCUCCCGUAAGGGGAUUCCGUGCCAACUUGUAA